ACGAGCAGACUUUUAUUUUGACGGGAAAGUCACGGAUCUGUUCCUCUCGCAGCACCGGAGGAAGAGCAGAAUCAGCUGAACUACAGAAGAAAUGAAAAUAUUCUCCUGAAAUUCAUCACCAACAACCAGGUAUUUAACUAAGAGCAAUGUUAAACUGCUGAAAGAGGUGAAACAGAAGCCGCCCUGAAGAAUCUCCAGAACACGCAGAAAUUGUUUGAUACAUUUAACAGACAAAUGAAGCCAAGUCCCGACAUGGAGAAACAUCAGCACUCUGUCAAGAGUUUUACUAAACAGAGUGAUCUCAAAAUACACCAGCGCAUUCACACAGGAGAGAAACCUUAUUAUUGCUCAGACUGUGGAAAGAGUUUUAAUCAUCAGAGUCAUCUCAAAAUACACCAGCGCAUUCACACAGGAGAGAAACCGUAUCACUGCUCAGACUGUGGGAAGAGGUUUACUCUACAGAGUACUCUCAAAAAACACCAGCGCAUUCACACAGGAGAGAAACCGUAUUACUGCUCAGACUGUGGAAAGAGUUUUACUCAACAGAGUCAUUUAAAAAAACACCAGCGCAUUCACACAGGAGAGAAACCGUACUCCUGCUCAGACUGUGGCACAAGUUUUAAUCAACAGAGUCAUCUCACACUGCAUCAGCGCAUUCACACAGGAGAGAAACCAUAUUACUGCUCAGACUGUGGGAAGAGUUUUAAUCGACAGGGUACUCUUCAAAGUCACCAGCGCAUUCACACAGGAGAGAAACCGUAUUACUGCUCAGACUGUGGGAUGAGUUUUACUCAACAGAGUAACCUCAAAAAACACCAGCGCAUUCACACAGGAGAGAAACCGUAUUACUGCUCAGAGUGUGGGAGGAGUUUUACUAAACAGAGUAACCUCAAAAUUCACCAGCGCAUUCACACAGGAGAGAAAAUUAUCCCAAAUUUGUCCCACGGCAAGUCAAAGUGCAAAUCGUAAAUCUUUCGGACAGAACACCUUAUCCUACACAAAUGUUUCACUUUGUCGCUUGGAAGGAUUUUACAGAUUCAGUAAAAUUAUUCUUAUCCAGCGAUUAUGUUUAUUGAAUUUAAUAUUAUGUUUUCUUGUAUGUUUGAUAUUCCAGGACAUUGUUCGUGAGACAGAGCUCAGUUUUUAGGGUAGUUAUGGUAGGAGUUCAGUUUUGAAGAAGGGAAGGUCGUUCGAGUUCGAGUGAGGGCACUGCCAGUGCUUGCACCAGAUGUUAGAUUAGCAUAAUUAGUCUUUAAAUGUAAAUCAAAUUUAAAUGUCGUAGUUGUUAGGAGUAAAGUAGGAUUCUUAGCCUGCAACUAAGCGUUUGGGAUCAAACCUUCAGCGCUUAUGAUUAGAAGGUUUUGAAUGCAUUUAAUCCCUUUUCUAGUUCAUGCAGAUUUAAUUAUUUCCAUUCAUUUCUAGUAUCUCUGUUUUUACUCUGUGGAAGCCAUCCUCAGUUUCCCAAGCUUAGCAUAGCUUAUCGCUAUUGACCGCCAGGCAGCCCAUAUGAAGGGAGAAGGGGAAAACACCACCUGAGCCACUCCAGAGUGAGUGUGCUCCCAGAAGUGAGACUCAGAGCCAUAGAGAGUACUGCCGUGUGGACCGGAGGAGCAUCCAGACCCUGCAGAGAGGCCAACAAAAUGUUCCAGCCAUGGUUCCCAUACUAAAAUCUACCCACUCCAGGCUUAUGUAGUGCAGUAAAAUUGCUGGCUUAUUUAUUCCCUCUGAUGGUUUUCUCUUCUUCUAUGGUUCAGUCAGUCUGAUUAAAAAUCUGUUACCUUAGAGGGAUAUAGAUGGAUAUUUGGUUGAUGUAUUGCUCAAGUUUUAUACUCUUUUUCUUAUUAGAUAUCGUAUCUUGCUUAAGGUUUUUUAAUCUCCAAAGUUACUAAGAAUAUCCAAAUCUUUUAGUUUCUUAAUUGUUUUUAUCCAGUACCAACUAUAACCUUUGUAUUGCUUCACAUCUAUAUUUACUCAUCUGUGUU